AUGACGGAACUGGAGGGCAAUUGGUUGCAAGGCGUGGGGGCACGAGACCGCAGCCUAACCAAACUUGGUGCUUGGCAUAUCAAGCGUGUACCUGGGCAGAUCCCCGGGCCUAUCUACUUCAAGCCCACACCACGUCUACAGAUGCAGGCAGCGUUUUCCCAUGCAUUUAUGUUUUAA